CUUUUUGGCCCCAUCAGGCUGCUGUACUCGGACAGUCGCUCUUAGCAAGCGAACGGUAACCGACAGUACCUUUACGAACAGGUGAAAGUAUUAUUUUACUACUUUUCGUGUGAGUUCUGCCUCUUCACAACAAGUCAGCGAGUGUACCGAGAAGAACAGAUCAACGUUUCCUUUUCGCAAUGGCAUCGUCUGCAAUGAUCACCGUCCCAACCACCGCCUCCCGCUUCGCCCUGCUUCAGAUAGACUCGGAGUCGGACUCCGACGCCUCCGAUGCGGGGAAGACCACCACCAAAGGCGGACGGGACUCCUCUGGGAAGCUCCGACAAGGAAAGACUGGAGUAGCCGGGGGGAAAGCCGGCCAGUGCAGCGAGAAGAAAAAAGACAAGAAAAAGAAAAAGAAGGAGCAGCAGCAGACUGAGGCAAAUGAGUUACGUAACCUGGCCUUCAAGAAGAUUCCUCAGAAGUCUUGUGCCCCACCCCCCUGUAUGACACUGUCAGGAAUAGCCAGUGAACUUGUCAGUCCGGCAUCAAGAGACCAAAAUGUACCUUCAGAAGGCUGGCAGCAGUGGAAGCAGAGGGAUGAGCAGAUGACCACUGAGCUAUAUGAGGCGGACUUGGAAAAGGCCUUGAUUCUAAGUAAACUGGAGUACGAACAACACAAACAGCACCACAACACAAACACAUCGUCGCCGAAGUCACGAGGAGGAAAAGAGGGUGGAGGGAAGAAGGAGAAAAAGAAGAAUCAGCAGGCAAAAGACAAAAAAACCGUUUCCCUGCAGGACUUCCAAGCAGAAGGCGGCGCAGAACAUUUGAGCAGGAAACAGGAAAAAGAUGACGCCAGAGCGGCUAACUUGGCGUUGGGAGUCGGGCAGGAGGAGCGGUUUUUUAACAAGCUCGAGGAUGAUGUUAGUCGGAUUAUCCAACAGGAGAAGAGACGUGAGCAGUACGCUAACAGCCAGGGUCUAGAAGUCAACACCUCCACAGAACACGAACUGGACCCCCGAGCAGAGCAGCUGAAGUACGAGCUGGAGAAGAAAGACCAGGAAAUUGAUAAGCUAAAGAAAACCAUUGCACAGUGGGAGGGAAAGUACAAAGAGGUGAAAGCAAGAAAUUCCCAGCUACUGAAGAUGCUCCAACAGGGAGAGAUGAAAGAUAAAGCAGAAAUACUUCUACAGGUAGAAGAGCUACUACAUAUCAAGGAAGAACUGUCAUCACAGGUAACAUUACUACACGGUGCUCUUGAACAAGAAAGGUCUAAAGUCAAAGGUCUGCAGACAGAACAACCAAAACAUCAGGGAAACAAGAAAGGGAAGAAAGGCCCAGAGUCGGAUCUAUGAAGGUUUCGAAGAGGAUAAGACCUUAAAUUAAAUUAAUGAAAGAACAAAUGAAGAAAAACUGAUCACAAUCAGGGUACACUUUAUUAUCAUCAUUAAAAUUAUUAAUUUUUUUUUUUCAUUUCAAACUCCACCUCAGACUAUAUUGCAUGCCCCCAUACUUAAACACACACACACAUACAUACACACAUACACAGAAAACACUCCAGAGAUAGCAGGAAGUAUUACACACUUGAACAAGAAUUCAAGAAGCUUUCAAGUUUCAAGUUUGUGUUGAAAAGGCAGCUCGGCAUUGUGUGCUGCCCUCUGCAGGCACAAGCGCGCAACUGCAACUUACUGUUGCAGGUUGUUUCUGUGGGUUUUAAUGCCAAAAUGAAACAUAGGAACUGUAUGAUUUUAUUUGUUUGUUUUUUUUUUCUUUUUUCUCACUGUUAAGUAAAUAAAUAAAUACUUUUUCAGUGAAAGAUU